UUUGCAAUGCUGUGUUUUGUACUUAGUCAAACUACAUCUUUCGUACUAUGCAGUCAUGGACCGCAUUUGUUUCAAAGUAAAUGGUGUGGAGAGAUCAGUGGGAUGCGAGGUGAGCUCGGACCUGACGCUGGUGGACUACCUGCGGAACUGGCUGGAGCUGCGCGGCACCAAGUACAUGUGUCGCGAGGGCGGCUGCAGCGCCUGCAUCGUCGCCGCCUCCACGUGUCCUGGAGGACCCGUACAGGCUGUCAACUCGUGCAUGGUAUCGGUAACGUCAUGUCAGGGCUGGGAGAUCACGACAAUAGAAGAAGUUGGCAAUAGAAAGAAAGGGUAUCACGUUUUGCAGAAGACUUUAGCUGAUUGCAACGGGAGCCAGUGUGGGUACUGUAGCCCCGCAUGGGUGAUGGCUAUGUACAGCCUUAUGCAAAGAAAGGAAAUGACAAUGUUGGAAAUAGAACAGUCUUGCAGCAGCAACAUUUGCCGAUGUACAGGCUACAGACCUAUAAUAGAAGCGCUCAAUAAAUUUGCAAUAGAUGCUCCGAAAGAUAAAAAAAUUACUGAUAUUGAAGAUUUGCACACUUGUAAGAAAACAGGAAACCAAUGCUCUAAAAUUUCUUGUAAUGAAGAGGAAUGGUGCAUGGUAUCAGCUGAGGAUCUUAAAGAACCAAGCCUUAUAAAGAUUCACUUAUGUGACGGUAAAUGUUGGUACAGAGUGUGUCAAGUAAAUGAUAUCUUCACUAUUCUUCAUGCAAAGGGAUAUGAGUCGUACAUGUUGGUGUGCGGAAAUACAGCUAAAGGAGUUAGCCCAAUAUUCGAAUAUCCUCAAAAUUUGAUAGAUAUUAGUGGAGUUCAUGAAUUGAAGACUUAUACAUUAGAUCAGAACCUGAUUAUUGGAGCAGGACUCACUUUAUCGGAAUUGAAAGAGAAAUUUGAAAUGACUGCUAAAGAAGACUAUUUCGAGUAUCUUAAAUCGUUUUGCGAUCAUCUCAAACUAAUAGCACAUAUUCCUGUUCGUAAUUUAGGUUCAGUAGGAGGUAAUCUGAUGAUCAAACAUAGUCACAAUGAUUUUCCAUCGGAUUUAUUCCUUUUGUUUGCAACUGUUGGAGCGCAGGUGACAAUUUUGUCAUCGAAAGAAAAGAAAACUCUGACGAUGAAACAGUUGAAAGAAGAUAUGAAGGGGAAAGUCAUAUUAAAUGUAAUGUUGCCACCUUUAAAUAACGAUUGCCAUGUUGUCACUUAUAAGAUAAUGGCUCGUUCGCAAAGCUCGCAUGCAAUAGUGAAUGCUGGAUUCAUGUACAAAUUAGAUGGAGAAAGUAAGGUAAAGAAGUGCAGGAUUAUCUACGGCGGACUUUCACCAGCUUUCAUCGAAGCCUCGUCAAAAAACAUAUCUGAUUGGAAAAAGCUGUUUAUCAAUGAGACAUUGCAACGUGCCCUAAAAAUCUUGGAAAACGAGAUAGUGGUGACGGAAAACCAACUUAAUCUAUCUGUAAAGUACAGGAAACAGCUGGCUUUAGGCUUGUUUUACAAAAGUGUGCUUUCUUUAUGCCCAAUAAGCAAAAUUGACCCUCGAUACCGAUCGGGUGCGACGAAGAUUCACGAAACACGGCCUGUGUCACAAGCUCACCACGACUUCAAUACAAAUACUGAGUUGUGGCCUUUGAACCAGCCGAUUCCUAAGGUCGAGGCAUUGGUCCAGUGUGCCGGCGAAGCGAAAUAUGUAGAUGACAUUCCGUGUAUACCUGAUGAAGUAUAUGCGGCGUUAGUUCUCAGCACCGUCGCUGUAGGUGAUAUUGUGGACAUAGAUGCAAAAGCUGCGUUGGAAAUACCAGGAGUAGUAGCGUUUUAUUCCGCAAAAGACAUCCCUGGACAGAACACCUUCACACCAACUGGUUUUAUUCUAUAUGAGGCUGAUGAGGAAAUAUUCUGCAGCGGAAGAGUCAAGUACUACAACCAACCAAUUGGUAUGAUCGUAGCUGAAACCCGACCGAUUGCAGAACGGGCUGCGAAACUAGUCCAGGCCACUUACAGAAAUGAAAAGCCAAUCCUUGAUAUAAAAGAUGCUAAAAAAGAACUCGAAAGAAACGCAUUGUUUUUAUCAGUUAAAGCUACAGAUAAAGGAUCCGACGUAAAAAAAAUGAUCAAAGGAAAUAACACAAUAUAUGGCCAGUACCAUAAUAUGAUGGAGACAUUAGUAUGCGUCACCAAACCAACUGAGGAGGGGCUGGCUUUACAUGUGACAUCACAAUGGAUCGAUGGUGUUCAGAUGGCAGUAUCAAGAGCCUUAAACAUAAAUUGCAACAAGUUAGACAUUAACGGGCGACGUCGGGGAUCAUUUGGAUUCAAGAUAUCUCGAAGCAUCCUUAUUGCUGUUGCGAAUAGUUUGGCCACACUAAAACUGAACAGACCAUGCCGGUUAAUACAAUCGAUGUCCACGAACAUGAGGGCCUUAGGCAAGAGAUUCCCAAGUUCAACAGAGUUUGAGGUUGCAGUGAAUAGUGCUGGAGAAAUCCAAUACAUGGAUUACUCUCUUUAUGAGGACAAUGGGCAUAUGUUCAACGAAAAACUUUCACUAGUUGUUAUCGACUCAUAUAACAACUGCUAUGACACCUCUAAAUGGAACAUCGAAUGUUACGACACUCUCACUGAUACUGCAAAAAAUACGUGGUGUCGAGCCCCAGGUACAUUAGAAAAUAUAGCCAUGACGGAACAUAUCAUGGAACAAAUAUCCUACGAGAUGUCAAAAGAUCCGUUAGAAGUUAGAUUAGCAAACUUGGAUACAAUAAAAUACGGCGACUUAAAAGAAAUGGCUAUUACUCUGACUACAACUGCUGACUACAGUCAACGAAAAUUGGCCGUCAAAGAAUUUAAUUCUCAAAACAGAUGGAAGAAACGUGGUCUAGGAAUAACAAUGAUGAGGUGGCCUCCCUUUGGAUAUCCAUAUUUUGACGUUAACCUCUCAGUAUUCAAAGAAGACGGGACUGUGACCAUCAUGCACGGUGGUACUGAUGUGGGCCAGGGACUGAAUACUAAAGCCACAAAUCUGCGCUUACAUUCUCAAAAUACCUAUUGAAAAAUACAAAUAAAACCAACUAAUACUAAUUUUACACCAAAUAGUUUCCUUACUGGUGCAAGCAUUACCUCUCAUAAUAUAGGCAUUGGUGUGAGGAAAUGCUGCGAAAUACUGCUGAGAAGAUUGAAUCCAAUCAAAUCUAUGUUGGAUAAUCCGACCUGGGAACAACUAAUAAAAUCUGCAUUUGCUCAGCAUAUAGAUUUACAAGUUCACGCAUUCGUCAACAUAGCUGAUGUUGUUCAGUAUAAUAUAUUUGGCAUGGCUAUAGCAGAAACUGAAGUGGACGUGUUGACGGGAGAGAUGGAUUCGUUCGUAGUAGACAUUCUGCAGGACGUGGGGCAAAGCAUUAAUCCUGAAAUUGAUAUUGGUCAAGUGGAAGGUGCUUUCAUGAUGGGCGUGGGAUACUGGACUUGUGAGAAUUUAGUUUACGAUAAAAACACAGGAGAGUUGCUAACAGAUCGCUCAUGGCACUAUCUGGUACCAUUAGCAAGAGAUCCGCAGGACUUCAGGGUGUCUUUCAGGAAGAAUUCCUACAGUAGCAAACAUAUACUCGGUGCUAAAGGCACUGGAGAGCCGCCUUUAUGUUUGGCGGUAGCGGUACCUUUCUCUAUCAGGGCAGCAAUCGCAGCAGCGCGAGAAGACUCCGUACCUACCACCAAUUGGUUCCAAAUCGAUGGGCCGUACACGGUUGAAAAAGUUUGUUUAGCUUCCAACAAUAAUAUAAAGGAUUUUAAGCUUUAUUAAAAUAAGCAAAUUUGAUAUAAUUGCACAUUUUCACUUUUUAAAACUCGAAUGUUUUCAAUAGUAUGAUCUGAGGACUAUAAAAAGAUAUUGGCUUUUCUUUGUAUAAAAAUAUAUGUCUGGACCAUUGUUAUUAUACAUUUGAUUCAACAUACUUUCAAAUUAUACAUAUGGAAUGACGUUGAAUGUCUAAUAAAUACAAAUUGAUAUUGUGACUUGUGUAUA